UCGCUAAAUAUAACCAGAGAGAUAAAACGUAUAACUGUGGAUUCUUGGAUAACAGAAUAUUGUAUGCGAGACCGGUAUCAGGCAGACGGACGUUCAAAAAGCAAACGUUAGUAAACGAUCAAGUGCAGCAUCGUCAAGACAGGUUUUUCUGCGUCAUUUUUUCCAAUACUUCUGAGUGACGAUGGAAGCUGAGACCAUAGCAGACCGCAAUGGAGAUGCCAUGACCCUCGCGCGAAAUAACAAAGGCCGGUUGGUAGCCGCCGACUGGAACCCAGAUAUGGUCAACGGCUUACCUUCUCUGUCUAUGAGGGAAGGAGAUGUGGUCGUUUGUUCGUAUGCAAAGUCUGGGUGUCAUUGGACUUGGGAGACUGCUAGACUGUUGAUGAGCCACCAUGAAGCAGUAGUUCAGCAAACUGAAAAAGAACAGUGCAUGAUUGAGAUGAGCACAUCAGAAAAGCUAGAGGCACUCAAGUCUCCUCGACUCCUGAAUAACCACGGCUUUUUUGAUGAGCAGCCCCUCUCCGAGAUGAUUGCGAAAGGGGUCAAGGUCAUAUUCGUCUACCGCAACCUGAAGUCAGUGGCGACCUCUUUCUAUCACCACCACACACGAUUCCAAGAGUACAACUACAGCGCCACGUUUGACAACUACUUGAGCCGAUUUUUGGAUGGGUUAGUGGACAAUGACAGCGCCUUUAGCUAUCUCAGGGGAUGGGAGAAAGGGAUAGCGGAGACGCCAGACUUGAAAGUUCACGUACUGAGCUAUGAGGAGAUGAAAAAGCACCCGAUGGAAGAACUCAGACGUUUGAGCAAGUUUCUGGGUGGAAGCGAGGAUGAGGAGUUCCUGAAGAAAGUCUUUGAAGAGACCGAUUUUGAUACAAUGCAGAAAAAGAAAGCCAAAACUACCCUUUACUUCGACUCCAAUGGGUUACCUGUGAUGUAUAGGAAAGGCACAAUCGGCGACUGGAAGAACCACUUCACUGUAGCCCAGAGCGAACUGAUGGACAGCGCGAUUCAAAAAGAACUUGGAGAUUCAAAAAUGUUCAAAUUUCAAUAUGAAUGAUUAUUGUC